CCGUGGGGCGGAGCAGGGCGAUGUGGAGCGCUAUGGGGCGAGCGGGGCUGGGGGCUUUGUCCGGGGGGGCUGCCCCUAAUUCCGGGAGGAACCUGGAAGGGAAAGUGGCUCUGGUGACCGCCGCCACCGACGGGAUCGGGCUGGCGGUGGCACAGAGGCUGGGGGAGGCGGGGGCCCGGGUGCUGCUGAGCUCCCGGCGUCAGCACAACGUGGAUGCGGCCGUGCAGAAGCUGCGGGCUCAGGGUCUGGAGGUCAGCGGGGUGGUGUGCCAUGUGGGGCAGCCCCAGGACCGGCAGCGCCUGGUGCAGACGGCAUUGGACACCUAUGGUGCCAUUGACAUCCUGGUCUCCAACGCCGCCGUCAACCCCGUCAUGGGCAGCACCCUGGAGGUCGAGGAGGCAGCCUGGGAGAAGAUCUUCCAGGUGAACGUAACGGCAGCAGCGAUGCUGGUGAAGCUGGUGUUGCCCCACAUGGAGAAGAGAGGUGGAGGCGCCGUGGUGUUGGUGACAUCAGUGGCCGGCUUUAUUCCCAACCCAACUCUGGGCCCAUACAGCGUGAGCAAAACAGCACUGCUGGGGCUGGUGAAGGUGUUGGCCCCGGAGCUGCGCGCCCGCGGAGUGCGGCUCAACGCCGUCGCACCCGGCCUCAUCCAGACCCGCUUCAGUGCCGCCUGAGAAGAGCAGCCCUGCUCUCGCUGUCUCCCUGUGUGGCUUCACUGCGUACCUGUGAUCAUCACAAGCUGCUUGCUGUCACGGUUUAUCCUUAGAUGUAAGUCCGUGACAAGGGGGCACAGGCCCCGGGGAGAAGAAAAAAAGAAGAAGAAAAGAAAGAAAAGAAUCGAGGGUACGAACGGUUUGCCGCGACCCGGCCUGACGGAGACCAGCUCAAGAUGCCUGGGACAGACGGGCUUAGGCUCUGGUGGCACAAAAGCAAUGUUUAUUGAAGGCUCAUUCUUUUUAUAGACUGGAUACACUACAAGAUUGUAAAUAAUUAGCAAGUGUGAAACAAAGCACAAAGCAAAGGCUUGUGUGCAAGCAGCUGUUCUUGUACUCCCUUAUCCUAGUUUCUUGUGUUCUGCUUACCAAAACGUAAGUUCUUUCUUCCUUUGCCAAUCAGUCACUGUUGUUUUUGCUAGAAGUAUCCAUCCCUUUCAGGAUGAAACACUGUAACACGUUACUGACCCUUUCAGGCCAGUCACGUAGUCCGCACAACAACAGUUCUCUUCACCGGCCGCCCCGUGCGCUCCGGGAGAGGGGGCAGGGCGGAGAGCUAGCCGGUAGUUUUAACGAAGAGAAAACACGACGGCAACGAUCUGAGGAGGGAGGGUAAUGCACUGAAUCUGACUAAAUCAAACAACACGGGAGAGACGAGGCUGUCAGCAAUGGGAGUCAGACCACGACUGCAGGCCAGCUGAGACGCCGAGCCGGGCCGGGCGGGGAGAGGCAGCCGCCGCGCGUCCCGUCCGCAGCUCCGCCCCGCUGCCUCUGCCCGCAGGUCCUCGGGGACGCCGCCCCUCCCCUCCCCUCCCCGCCCGUCGGGAUACCCAGAGUCCACAACAGCAAACGGAACCGUCUCUGUUCAGCCAGUCUGGCCUCCCUGCCUGUCGGCUCUUCUUCCAUGGCUUGGGGAAGUUCAGCUCCUGCACCGUUAAAAUGACUUCCUUAACGUAUUCCCAGCCUUCCUGGGCUCCCAUGCCCUCCAAAGCUUCCUCCCAGCAGAUGCUCUCAGCCGUGGCCCAAAGAGGCCAAAGUCUGUCCUCCGGAAGUCCGAGCCGGCAGCUCUCCUGACUCUCCUGCAGGCUUCCACAAGGAUGGAGCAAUCCAGCAUCUCGUGAUCAUGGUCCCCCACAUGGCUUCCAACCUUUGCACCCCCCACAAGACCUCUGUUAACAAACAGCAGGACCAGGAUUUUGCUUUCCUCCGUUGGCUCCUUCACCAGCUGUGCCAGGAAUUUCUCUCCCACACACUCUGGCAACCUCCAGGACUGUUCCCUGUGUGCUGUAUCCUAAAUCCAGCAGAUGUCGGGGAAGGUGAAGUCCCCCAUAAGAACAAUGCGGAGAGACCUUGAGACCUCACCCAAGUGUCUAUGAAGUGUCUCGUCCACCUCCUCAUCCUGGUUGGGUGGCCUGGAGCAGACUCCCGUGAUAAUGCCAGUCUUACUGGGCUUCCCUUUUCUUCUGACCCAUCCGUUCUCAUUAAUCAUUCAUUUCCAUACAUUUGCAUUCUUUCUGAACACAGAGGGCUCCACCACCGCCUUUCCUGCCUCGCCUCUCUUUGGAUACGUUGGCAGCCACCCACCACAGCACUCCAGCUGUGAGCCAUCGCGCCACGUUUCCCUGAUGGCGACCGUAUCACAGCUUUCCAACCACACAGUGGCCUCCAGCUCCUGUUUAUCACCUGUGCUGCCUGCAUCGCUGUAAAUGCACCUGAGCUGGGCCUCCUUUGGAGCGGCCGUAGCCCUGAUACCUCUUGGCCACACUCAGGUGUUUCUGCAACCACCAACCUCACACCAGCCCUCCUGUUCUUCCUACAAAAAGGUGAGUCGUCCUCCUCCCUCACCAAGACACGAGGCUGUGGGAUCUUUCCAGCACAUCCCUGUCCCACAAGCACCGGCACGUUACACACAGGCUCUGCUCCAAUGACCCCAGCUACACCCCACCUCCUUUAUACCUAGUUCAUCAACUCUGUCAGUGAAUAGAACUCAAUCGAUGAACCUUCCCAACUCCAUCGUAAGACCCCUCCAGUGGGAGAAGCUGCUCCUAUCAGCUGCCUGCAGGCCUGGCUUCGUGCAAAUCGAGCAGAGGUCACAAAACCCAACCCCUGCAGGGCACACCAGGCUUGGAGGCAGGUUUUAUUCAGUUGGCCCAUCAUAUUGAGUUCCUCAUUGUUCCCUAUAGCUGGAAGGACAGAGGAGAACACAGCUUGUGCUUCCAAACCCCUGACCUGUCGCCCCAAGGCUCUGAAGUCCUUUUUCACAGUCCUUAGGGAAAUUCUUCCUGUAUCAUCGCUGCCAACCUGAAACAACAGGAGGCGGUAAUCUGAGGGCCAAAACAUGGAAGGAACUUUAUUCCUCACAUCUUUAACCCGGGCCCCCAGGAGGCAGCAGAGCUCCCUGUGUGGAGGGCCUGGUCUGCAUAUCAACGCUUCUGCUCCCUUCAGCAGAGUCACAAUGACAACGACCGAUCAUUUUCUCUUUACUGAAGAGGCUUUAAUGCCAAGUGCAGUCUGGUUAGACUUUGGUGACGCCGAGCGAUGGAAAGAGGCAGAAGGAAGGAUUGACCGACGGCUUUGCUGUGCGCAGCAGCCUUGCAAUGACCUCAAAGCUGAUGGGAUUGGUUAACGUGGGAAUACUUUCUGCUUCCUGCAGGGGACGAAGCUGUCGGCUCUGCUGCACACCCACAACUUCUCAGUGUGGCACAGGGCUGAGCUGAUCCUGUCCCCAUUCAGGUACGCACAUCGGCCUCCGCCUCGCAGCUGGAACCCGAGCACAGCAGGGAGCAGAAUGGGAAACCCAAUCCCAGCCCAUCGCAAACAGACCCUGACAGACAUCCCAGCAGAGCAUCAAAGGAGACAGGGAUGAGCUCGAAGGCGGGGCUUCGGCGGAGGGGCGGGGCUAUGCUAAUCUGCGCCGAAUGGGCCGCCGGUAGCGCCCAAACACGAAGAACCGCGGAACGGCGGGGCAGCCAUCGGGCAGACGGGGAGCGCAGUUGGGGAUGGGAAGCGGGGCUGGAGCGGCGGGGGAGGGUCGGUGCGGGCGGCGUGUGCGCGUCCGUGAGAUGUCGGGGGUGGGCGUUGGGGUGGGUGGCGCCCGGGCAGUUGGGGAGGCAUCGCUUCUCGGCCUUUUGGCUAAGAUCAAGUGUAGUAUCUGUUCUUAUCAGUUUAAUAUCUGAUACGUCCUCGAUGAGAGGACUUUAUAUUAAACGGAUUUUUGGGCGCGGGAGUUGGACCCGGAGCUUGCUCCCUCCGCUCCGCGCAUCGUCCCGGUAUGGCAGUACCUCCGGGCACGGUGCACCUCCCCUCUCGGGGAGGAGUGU